CGAUUCACCCUCUGAAUGUUCCACAUUGUUGUGUGCUUAAAAUUUUAAAUCAAAAAACUUUGAGCUGCCAAAAUUGUAUUUUUCAAUAGGCAAAUCAAAGCAAUAAAAAAUAUAUUUUCUAUUAAUAAAUACUAAUUUAAUUAUCCGCCUAACUAACGAACAUGAUCAAUUUGGACAUUUACAAACGCACCUGCACAAAAGCGGCACAAUUAUGGAAAGAAGUGGAUGUCACACAAUCCGAAGUGGAGGCCGAACCCGAUGUUGAGCCAGAGGCUGAAGAAGAGCAGCAGGAGGAGGAAGAAUUGUUAGAGGAGUUGGACUGCUGCAGGGUGAUGGGCGAAUUGGAGUGCAUGAAACUGCGCAUACAGAAGCUACAAAUGCGACUCAAAGUGGAUGACACCUGCAUCGAUGAGCCCUGCAUUGAUCCACAACUCGAAUUGGCCUGCUCAAGUAAUCCGGAAGUGUGUGAACUGCAAAAGAAUCAUCAUAAACUCCAAUGCCAAAUUAACGAACUCAUACGCUGCUGUAAUGUGGCCAAAGAUCAGAUCGAAGAAUUGCGUGCGCGUUUGUGUCAGAAGUCACGUGAAAUACUCGAGCUGCAGAAGGCCGUCUGUCUGCUGGAGACCUGGCGUAAUACGUUGCAGCAUGAAUUUGGUGUGUGUUAUGAACGUUUUCAGUAUUUGAAGCAUGUGAAAGCCGAAUGGGAAGAUGUGGAGAAGAAACUGGACGAACAGAAACAAUCGUUUAUGUUGUUGGAAAAGACGCUUGUGCCGAAGGUCUGUUUCGUGAGUGAGAAACGGCAAUUCGUGGAAGAAAUUGCGCAGUUACGUGAACUGAUGCAGGAGAUGUUUCAGGCGCACAACGCCAGAUUCGAUAUGCUGGAACGGCGUUUGGACGGCAUUGAGCUCACCAUGACAACGCCACCAGGAAUUGCCAUCAAUUUGAGUCCGGCUGUUAAGGACAAGGUAAAUCGUUCGCUCAACAUGGGUAAGGCAGAGCAGUAAAUCGGCGAUAUUUUGGUCUGUUUUCAAAACUAAAUUGUGCGUAAGAAAUCAAAUAAAUAUUUUUUUCUGAA